UUAAAAUGCCUAAGGUCAGUGAUAAUACAAUGCGCGAACUUGAGGACAUUUUGAACGAGAGCGAAACCUACGCGGAUCGGCUGACUGCGUUUCUUAAGCUUAAGACAGCACCAAAACCGGCUAACAAUGGACCUUUACUAAUGUGCGAUGCGGAUUUGUCCUUUGACUUUGAUGUUGAUUUGAUAAAACUACCACCAAAGCAGCAACCAGCAUCUCCAAAAGAUGCGAUAUCAGCUGAACAUAAAGAGCACCCAUUACGUGAGAUAACUAACCAAACCUCAGCCCCAAAUGACCACAAUAGGGAAAUAGUACCUCCAAUUGUUUCAAACACACAAGAGUGUCGAUCUACAUCGCCUGCCCGUACCGAUGGAUGUCCAGCGUCCAAUGCCUCGGCAUCUGGUAUUUGUCUAACGUCACCGCGCAGAUCCCUACCGCGACGCAGCGGGAUUCAUGUAGCUGGCUCCGAUCGUUUACGUCGUGUGGCCAUACAAAGACGAUCACGCAGCUGUGGUCGUCGUGAUUUGCUUAAUGAAUUCAAUAAUUUGUCGAAGAUCAGUUCAAAUUUCGAACCGCCAGUGAGCAGCACGCCAGCAUCUGAGAAGAAAGACACAGCCAAGCCAGCAGAGUCGCCCCAAGAAAAGCUUCAAAAGGAACAACGCGAUGAGCAACUAUCACAAGCAUCCAAUCACUCUGUGAGGCUAUCAACCCAGCGUUCAUCGUCGUCGGAUUGCAAUAAGCGACGCACCUAUACCAUUGAAAUGGGCCCCGAGCCUGGGCAGCUGCUGUUGUCUCCGUCGAUAAAGGGCGCCCAAGACUUAUCCAUAUCGAAUGCAUCACUGAGACAGACACGAAGUCGCCUUGCACAAUACAGAGAACAAGCUGAACUGUCGGCAGCCCGUCUGAAGAUCUUAGCUCCUGAUACACCGGCGCGUGCUUUAUCUCACACACUACCAAAUCCAGAAUAUAUAGUGCCCGAAACACAACCUCAGCCAAUACUACACAAUUUGUCCAACAACGCUUUGGUGGCACCCUUUAUGGUUGUACCCAUAAGCUCGAUGCUCGCAGCUAAUGCUCAGCCAGCUAAUGCUCAGGCAGCUAGUGGAAUACCAGCUGCUACACCAGUGGAUGCCGCAGUUCAAGUGAAACCGACUCCAAGUACUACGGUGGCCAAUCGCAGCAUGCAGACCUCUUACAGCCCGGUUGCUGUGCAGAAGUUAGAGGACAUCAUGACGGACGAUGAUAGCGAAGAAGAGCGGCAGUCAAGUCGAGUACCCUUAAAUCUGGCAGCAGCCACUGGCAACAACAACAGGCAACGUAGCUUACGCAGUCGUGUGCAACGCGUGGAGAACUCUAUGCAGCUGCUUGAUCUACAUCAGUCCCGCUCAAGCAAUUCACGCAAACGCGAGCAACGCAAGCCACGCCAAACGGUGCUUAACAAGCCCUCCCAGCCGGCUAUAAAUGGCGAGCAAUUUGCUUACGAGCUGGCACGCAUGAGCAACUACGAGAUCUUAGAUUUGCGCAAGCGGAACUCCUUGGGCAGACACCGUCCAGUGAAUGGUCAUCGACAGCAGGCUACAGAGCAAGAGAAGCAGCAGAUGCUGCUGGAUCAGCACAUUGAAUGGGAAAUAUUGCGGCGCAAUCUGGAAGAGCAAAGCGAGCAGGGCGCACUCCUCACAACUGCACCGAUGUCCCAGGAUGAAACAUUGCCUGCAGUGUCUUUAAUGCAAUCGCCAGCGAUACCACCAAUGAACUUUAGAGACACAUUGGAACGUCAAGAGACUAGUGUGCUGCAGGCACAGCGCUCCCAUAAUAAGAGGCGUGAAACCCUCAGGCAAACCUUUGAACUACCAUACAUGUCGCCAGCGGCCCCUCCUGCUGACUUCAGGGACAGUUCUAUACCGCCGCAGCAGAAGACCCGACGAUUGCGUUCCAGACGUCAUGACCCGCCAAUGAGCGAGGAUGAAUUGCUGACUGUGUGCACGCCACCCCCACAAUUUCGCAAAUCCAGGUCCAGACAGAGGGAAAAACGGCAGUCGCAGCUAGUGGAGCCUGUACCACCUCCAUACCAUUUUAGUGACAAUGCCGAAACGGAUAUAGAUGAGGAGAAUCAGGAGCAAGAGCAACAACUCUUGCCACCGGCCGAAUUCGUCAAUGAGACACAGCAGAUCCAUUCAAUGGUGGAAGACGUUUAUAUUCAAGAGAUUGCAGCUAAUGAGCAGUCAAGCAGAAGGUCAUUCGCACAAAGGUCUAUGAGUCUGACAACUAGCAGACAACUGAAAAAGUCAGAGCUACAGCCACAGAUAGAACAAGGAAAAGACUCCGAGGAGAAUCAGCAAGGGAAGGGUGGAAAGCAAAAGAAGAAGGAGCAACAGGAGAGAGAGUUGCGGGAGAAACUGCAAAUGGAGAACGAAACAAAGAAAAACCUAGAAAAGGAGAAUGAAAGGCAGCAAAGAGAGCUGAUGGCAAUGCAGGAAAAGAAAAAGAAAGCAAAUGAGCAAGAGAAUGAAGCCAGAGAGCAGCAGAAAAAACAGCUGGAAGAACACAGGCAACAAGAGGAAGAAAAACAAAGGGAGGAGCAACAGCGAAGAGAAGAGGAGGAGGAACUGGAAAACGAAAAAGUGCGACAGGAAAAAGAGCCGUCGAAGCAGAUCAAGCGGAAAGUGAAAGAUCAAAUGUCGAAGGAAAACCCACAGCCGGAGCAGCAGGAGAUAAAUCACGACGAGCCCACGCAGCUACCAGAGCCAGCACCGCCAGAAGAUGUAUUCAAGAAGCCAACAGCUCCAGCGCCACGAAGCAAAGCAACCAAAAAGAGUCGGUUGGAGAAACAGCUGCGCAUUACGGUGGGUGACGCGACGCUUCCGCCGGAUGAGCGGGAUGACGAUGCCAACUCGACUGGGGUUCGUCGCUCCAGGCGUGGUCAGGUGCCGCUGUGCAAUACCUGGGUGCACAGCGUUAGCGAUCCCUUCCAGUUUAUGCGCAAGAUGAUGGAGCCACCAAAGAAGUCCUCGACCAAGAAGCCCAAAAAGCGAACAGCUUCAACAGCUGAUGGAGGCUGUUCCAUGAUAAACAAACCACCGCUGUCUGCCAGCACGCCGCGUAGUACAGCUGCUCCUAGUAACAACAAACGCACGAAACAGCAGCAACCGCAUCAGGAGAAAAAUCAGGACAAUGUGUUCAACACUUCCGUCGCAAUUUCAGACAUCACUAGACUAAACUACAUAACAGAGGAGGACGAGCCCGCUGAGCCAGAGAUGGAGGCGGUAAUUAAUGUAGUUGAACCAGCGGCUGUGCCCAAAAAACAAGGACGUAAGAAAAAGACGCCGGCCGACAAUACUGAGCCAAACAAAGAAACAAAGGCUAAAGAAAAGAAGAAAAAGAAACCGGCAGCUGCAACUGCAGUUGAACAAAUAGCGGAGGAGCACACCGAAGUCGCGAUGCCGAUACCUGACCAGGCAGGCGCUUCUUCACUUCCUAAUGAGUCGCACGAGCCUUCAUCGGAAACGCUAAUGUCCUGGUUAUGCGGUGCACGCGAUCUGCCACCAGAUAAUUCCGAUGUCAGCGAGACAAAGACUGAUUCCAUGGCUGUCUCACGAGCAGCCAAUCUGCACUUCUCAAACAUUGAUGGGAUCGAGUAUGCCUUUUAUCACACUGAGGAUCGGUACUCUAUGGGCUACAUGCGCUUCCAGCCACUGCAGCAGCGGGGAAUGAAGCGCGCCAAGACCAACACAUUGCGUUUUGUGGCCCUUCAUGGCAAUUUUGAAUUUGAGAUAGUAAGCCCGGAGUCAAAGGAAACCUGCCAUGAUAUAUUGUACACGGGCGACACCAUAGAAAUUAAAAAAGGUAGUCGCUAUGACAUUAAAAACCGCUUGGAUAAGGUUAGCGUCAUAAUGGUCUAUCGUAAUUAAUUGUACGCUACCAACUUUUGUACUAUAUAUAUUUAUACUAUA